AUGGGUCACUCAUACGGAAAGCGUGCGGGCACCCGCUAUGCCUUCAGCAGGGACUUCCGCAAGAAGGGUAUGAUCAACAUGUCUACCUACUUGCGCCAGUACCGCGUUGGCGACAUCGUGGACAUUAAGGUCAACGGUGCUGUGCAGAAGGGUCUCCCCUUCAAGGUCUACCACGGUAAGACCGGCGUUGUCUACAACGUCACAAAGACCUCCGUCGGUGUUAUCAUCUACAAGAAGGUCUGGGGCCGCUACAUCGAGAAGCGCAUCAACGUCAAGAUCGAGCACGUCAGCCCCUCCGGCUCGCGUGACGACUUCCUCAAGCGCGUCAAGGAGAACGCCCAGAAGAAGAAGGAGGCCCGCGCGAACGGCACUGUCGUCGAGGUGAAGCGUCAGCCCGCCCAGCCCCGCCCGGCACACACCGUGUCGUUGACCGACAACCCCCCCGAGACCCUCACUCCCCUGCCUUACGAGACGACGAUUUAA